AUGGCCACUCCCUCCACCCAAGCCCCCCAGCUCAUGGGUAUCACAGGCGACAACUGCGCAUCCUGCGAUUCGACUACCGUCCCACUUUACGACUUGUCUUGCCACAAGAGCGACGACUUCCACUGCCGCGACUGCCUCACCAAGACUUUCCACGCCGUCAACGACCAAUUCGUACGGUGCCCACACCCGUCAUGCCGCCGCAUUGUCGGCUUCGAGCAGCCUAUACCUCUCGCACAAGACCUCCGUCUAGACAACCAGUUUUACGACAAGGAGCGCAUCGACAAGAUCCGCGAGCAGCCGGAGGUCAUGAACAACCUGAUCGCGUUCGUAGGCGGGGAGGCUGAGGUCAUUUUACAACACGUCUACACUAUGUUCGAGGACCAGCUCCUGGACCCCGUAGCCCUCGGCGGCGUCGCUGGACACUACACUGCGCGUGCCGCAAACACGCUCGUAGCCAGCUUCGCCUGCAACCCCUUCGUCUGCGGGUUCCUCGCUCAAAUCAAAGACGCGAUCAAGCUGAUGACUACCCCGUAUGAGCUUGAAGAAGACCUCAAUGCCCUUCUUGAUAGACUACUUCACGAGUACGCGCAGUUGAACUACGGGAACGAACUCACUCGGCACGGUAUUGAUUUGGAGCAUGAGGGCGCGGUGCUGGCUGCUGCACUGAAUAACUACAAGCCCUUCAACGAGCUCAAGGAGAAUUGGGAGCUGAUCAUCAAGAAGUGGGUAGAGCUGCUGGCUUGGAGGCACUUGGAGCGCCUGGCACCGCCUGAAGGAGGUGCUGCGGAGCGGAAAAAUCGCCAAUUUUAG